AUGAGCUGUCAUAUAUGCAAUUCGGCCCACUCCCGCUCGCCAUGCCUCUGUCCAACAUGUGCCCGCAACCGACUAUAUCAGCUUCGCGUGGAAACCGCUCGCAUUCUUCUGGAGAAGGAAUCCCUUGGACAACAGAUACGAGCCACGGUCGACCCGGAACCUGUGAAACGAAGUUCGCCGCGCGAAGACCCGACCGUCGAAAGAGACCACGAAUGCUCUCACUCCUGGAAUCUACAGACGACUUUCGAACAGCAAGCUGCUGCAUCUUUCAGGACCGAUGAAUUAUCCAAACAUAUCAGCAUCUUAAGGAAGGAGAUCCAGGCUCGAAAGACCGAUAUUGCGGAACGCAGGGCUUCAUUAACCCGCAAACGUUCUGAUGCCGAAUCAGCACAGUAUCAACUGGCAGAGCGGGAGACGACGGCUUUGACCGGCAUACAGAACACAAACAAAAGGGCAGAACAUAUUUGGCAUUCAUUGCACAGUAAAACGGCAGAGGCUCGAAUCUUUCUUUGUCGAGAAGCUGCCCACCUCUAUGGCCUUCGGCAAAAGCCACCGCGAAAGGGCAGUUCUCGCCAACGAUAUGUCCUCGGAGCAAACUUGGUAGUGGAUCUGAGAGAUAUGAACGGCGCUAGGGCUGCUGAGAUCUCGGCAUCCUUCGCGAACGUUGCCCAACUCCUUGUUCUUGUUUCUCACUAUCUCUCCCUCAGACUUCCCGCUGAAAUCACACUUCCUCAUCGCGAUUAUGCUACACCCACAAUUUUCGCUCCCAGUUCAUCAUAUGAUCUGCGUGAAAUGGCCGAUAAAGUUUCACCUUCUCAUCCUUCAACGCCCAGUCCAGUUGCAUCGCGAACGGCGGAAUCGCGCGUUCAGUCUCGUCCUCGGCCAUUGUCCAUCGACAAAUCACUUCAAAUACUAGCUAAAGAGGACCCCGGGACCUAUGCACUCUUCCUCGAGGGAGCGGCAUUGCUGGCCUGGGAUGUUGCAUGGCUUUGUCGGACCCAGGGAAUCAACAUAAAUUCCGACUCGUGGGAAGAAAUUUGCGAUAUCGGCAAAAGCAUGUACCAGUUCCUGGUUGCUCCGCCAGCUCAGCCAGCCUCGUUGACGCGGGCCUUUGCUAGUCGUGAUAUGCAAACUAAAGUGAAACACACCAAGGACUCUCCGCAAACUACCAUCCAACGCAGGAAAUCAUUUCCCAUACUUGGACAUUAUUCCCAUGCCACCGUUCACUCCUUCCUGGCAGCCUCCGAAGGCUCCGAGUUUGUGCGUACUUGGAAGCUACCCACACCCACAAAAAUAGCGGACAAGCUCAAGGCCACCCUUCUUGGGGAGAUGGCAAGUGCGGAAUGGGAGUUGUUGGAAGAGGUUGAAUGGGAUGAUGGAACGGCAAAGACGCAUCAAUCACCCAUCGUGCAAGACCUCGAUAUCCCCAAUUCGACUGCAGAACCUGCUCGAACCAACGAUGGGAGAAAGAACAGCCAAACCGCCCAAGGAGCCGAUGAUGCUCGUCGAUCGAAAGGCAAUAGUGGCUGGAUGAAGUUGAACAGUAGAUAG